CGGAGCGCGCGCCCGCUCCCCGCGGACCCGGGCUCGAUCCUCUGCUCUCGGCAGGCCGGGGUCGCGGGCUCGGUCCGGGCCACCCGUGCGCUCCGGACCCCCGGGACCCCCGGUCCUCGCGCCCGGCGGCGCAAGAUGAAGCUGGCCCUGCUCUUGCCCUGGGCGUGCGGCUGCCUAUGGGGGUCGGCGCUGGCCACCGGCUUCCUCUACCCGUUCCCGGCCGCCGCGCUGCCGCAGCACGGCUACCCCGAGCCUGCCGCGGGCUCCCCGGGCGGGGCGUAUGCGAGCCGCCGGCACUGGUGCCAUCACACAGUGACCCGGACGGUGUCCUGCCAGGUGCAGAACGGCUCGGAGACGGUGGUCCAGCGCGUGUACCAGAGCUGCCGGUGGCCAGGGCCCUGUGCCAACCUCGUGAGGACCCUCAUCCGACCCACGUACAGGACGUCCUACCGCACGGUGACAGCGCUGGAGUGGCGGUGCUGCCCCGGGUUUACGGGGAUCAACUGCGAGGAGGAAUGUAUGAACUGCACCCGGCUCAGUGACAUGAGUGAACGACUGACCACACUGGAGGCCAAGGUCCUCCUGCUGGAGGCCCCUGUGCAGCCCCUGAGCCCAGACAAUGACCUGCCAGCCCCACACGGCACCCCUGGAGCGCCGCCCUGGAGCGAGGACUUCCUGCCGGAUGCCAUCCCGCUCGCCCACCCGGGGCCGCCGCGGAGGAGAAGGCCCACGGGCCCUGAGGGGCCCCCCGGGCCUGCAGGACCCCCAGGCUCCAAAGGUGACCGGGGCCAGACAGGAGAAAAGGGCCCCGUGGGGCCUCCUGGGCUCUUAGGACCACCGGGGCCUCGAGGGCUUCCAGGAGAGAUGGGGCGCCCUGGUCCCCCAGGGCCCCCCGGCCCAGCAGGCAGCCCCGGGGUCCUGCCCAGCAGCCCCCAAGGCGCCCUCUACUCCCUUCAGCCCCCCACGGACAAAGACAACGGGGACUCGCAGCUGGUGCCUGCCGUCGUGGACACGGUGCUGGCCGGCAUCCCAGGGCCGCGCGGGCCCCCGGGCCCCCCGGGUCCCCCAGGCCCCCCAGGAGCACCGGGCCAGCAGGGGGAGCCCAGCGUGAAGGCCGAUAAAGGAGACAAGGGCACUGCAGAGGGCGAGGGCGUGCAGCAGCUUCGGGAAGCGCUGAAGAUCCUGGCAGAGCGUGUCCUCAUCCUGGAGCACAUGAUUGGCAUCCACGACCCCCUGGCCUCCCCGGAAGGCGGCUCUGGCCAGGACACUGCGCUGAGGGCCAACCUGAAGAUGAAGCGGGGUGGCGCCCGGCCUGACCCCCUGGCCGCGCUGCUGGGCCCCGACCCUGUGCCCGGGAGCACUCGGGGCCGGCAGUGAGAGCCCAGUAGGGACCCCGGGGCCUGCGAGUGCCACAGGCGCCACACCUGUGGGGAGCCGGGGGACAGACACGGCCCUGGGCAGGCCUGGCACGGCCUGUGUCCCCCACUCCCGCUGGAACCCGGGGAGCGGGGAUGCCCGGUGGCCCCCCUUAUAUUGCCAUUUAACCCCUCGGCGGAGGGCUUGCUGUGCAGCUUCCUGGGCGUCCUGAACGGCAGCCCAGGGCAGGGUUCGAGUCAGACCUCUUAGUUGCCAAGGUGGGGGGCGCUGCCGGUGUCCCCUCCAUGAGUCACACGGAGGCCAGGACGGCGCCCCAGGCAGGCAGGGCGCAGGUCCGUCCUGCGCAGUGGACGCUUGGGGUCCGCCGGGCCCUGGUCCCCACCCUCAGAGCCAGAGGUCCAUUUCCAAAGCUGGAGCCUCCCCAAAUAAACCACUGACCCCGGGCAGGAGGGGCUUGAGGGACUCUGGGCUGGAAGGCCUGGCACGGAGGCCCCUGCAGGCGGCCCCCCGACAGGGCCCAGGAGGGGGCGCCUCCAGCCCCCUCCCCACCCCACAUGCCCUGGUGCUGCCUCCUCGCGUCGGGCCUGGGGUCUCGGGGCGGAAGGUGCUGAGGCUCCCCGCCCAGCCGGCCCGGCUCCUUCUGGCCUCGCUGGCCGCCCAGCCCGAGGCCUGGCGCCGACUCACUGUAUCCGACAAUAAAGGUGCU